GGAAGCCAUCUGAGAAGUAAUACUUCAGCUAACUCGAUCUGUACAGGAAAAGGAAAGGAAGAUGAGAUGUGCUUCGUCUCAUGCUUUCUUCCUCAUUGCCCUCCUCGGAAUAUUCGCAUGCAUAUUCAAAAAGAUUCUCCGGACGUUUCCGAGGUCGGUCAUCCUAAACCACGUCGUUUCAACAGCGACGCAGCUGAAACUGUCCUGGGAUUGCCUCCUCUUGCACUCUAUCUGCCAUGCAGCCGCCUCCCCCUACAAAUUCAGCCGCUCAAACGUCGCCGGAAUUUCGCCGGAGAACGCCGCAGCUGGGCUCGGCGUAAGGGUUUUCGAGGGGAGAUCCGGCGUAGAGCCGGAAUGCCCGAUUUGUUUGUGCGGCAUAGAAGACGGAGAGGAUGUGAGGGAGUUGAGGUGUGCACAUGUUUUCCACGUGGCUUGUUUGGAUAGGUGGCUUGGAACUGGCCGUAUGACGUGUCCGCUUUGCCGGAGCCACGUCAAGACGUCGGGCCCACUUCUUGGUCAUCUUCAGGAUGACGUCAUUGUCUUCAACUUCUUCUCCAGACGGCGAGAUGAAUGCAUGUGGUGGAUAAGAUGAUUAGACAGUGGUCAAAAUAUGUCAACUUAAUUCAUUAAAAAAAUCUAUUAAAAUAUUUUGUUUGUCAAC